AUGGAGCCCGAUUUCCAAGCGUCCGAAGCUCACACCCACACCCCCUUCAAGAAGGUCGAGGCCGGGAUCGAGGCGUUGUUUUCAGGCGAGAAGCAUUCACAUAUUCAUGUGGGACAUGUAUGCGAUCACCUACACCCUGAGCAUCUGACCAAUCGCUAUCACUCCUUUGCGCCGGAAACAACUGGCGAUGCGAAAUGGUUCGUCGACGGGUGCUCCUAUUUCUACGCAGUCUCUCAAGCACUCGAGCGUGCCGAGCAGUCUAUAUACAUCCUGGAUUGGUGGCUAAGCCCUGAGUUGUACCUGCGGCGGCCCCCUUCCAAGAAUGCACAGUAUCGCUUAGACGCCAUGCUCAAGGCAGCUGCUGAGCGCGGUGUCACCGUCAAUGUCAUCAUUUACAAAGAAGUACAGGCUGCGCUUACACUUGAUUCUGCCCAUACCAAAAAAGCACUAGAGGCUCUGCAUCCCAACAUUCAUGUCUUCCGCCACCCUGACCAUGUCCCCACUGGCUAUGACAUCAAGUCAGAGUUUAGGAAAGCUUUCAAAGAUCUCACUCAUUUCGACCUCGCCAAAGCAUCACAUGCCGCUGUCAAGGCCGUUUAUGGUGUAACAGAUGACAUAGUAUUGUACUGGGCACACCACGAAAAGCUUCUCAUCGUCGACGACAGGAUUUGCUUCAUGGGUGGCCUGGAUCUCUGCUUUGGACGUUGGGACACCAACAGCCAUCCCAUUGCUGAUGCGCACCCUGAAAACUUGGAUGCUAUAAUAUUUCCAGGCCAAGACUACAACAAUGCUCGGAUCUUCGACUUUUCGGAUGUUUUCGACUGGGAGCAAAACAAGCUGGACAGAACAAAGAGCUCGAGAAUGGGAUGGUCUGACGUGGCGCUCUGCAUGACAGGUAGCAUUACUCAUAGCCUCAUAGAUCACUUCGUUGACCGAUGGAACUACAUAUACGACGCCAAGUACGGCGAAAAGAAUGGUGACAAGUACAGUCGCAUGGCUACGCCAGAUACAAUCGAGGAAAUCGGCAAGACUGUACACCAAGCGGUUGGUUCACUUAGGAAAAGGUUCACUAGAGGUCUGCGCGGUCUUGGCCGCAGAAAAUCUGAAGCCUCAAAGGACAGGCUGGACAUUCAGCUCACUCGCAGCUGCGGUCGCUGGUCUUCUGGCCACCGCACGGAGCACUCCAUCGCCAACGCCUACGUUGAUGCAAUUUUGAAAGCCAAGCAUUUCGUUUAUAUCGAAAAUCAGUUCUUCAUUACGGCGACGAGCAAUAAACAACACCCCGUCGUGAACAAAAUUGGCGCAGCCAUCGUUCAAAGAAUCCAGCGCGCGCAUGCUAAUAAAGAGCGUUUCAAAAUGUGGGUUGUGAUACCUGCGGUUCCAGGAUUUGCGGGCGACCUCAAGGCCAAUGAUGCGCUGGGUACUCGUGCAAUCAUGAAGUACCAGUAUAGCUCCAUCUCUCGUGGAGGUCACAGCAUCAUGGAGAGGCUCAAACAGGCUGGCAUCGAAGAUCCGACCGAGUAUAUUAGCUUCUACAAUCUGCGCAACUUCGAUCGCAUCAACACGUCUACCACCAUGGAAGAAGCUGAAAGGAAGGCUGGAGUUGGAUACGAAGAGGCCAGAAAAGAGCACGACGACCAAGUUGGUGCGGGGAACUAUCCGCAAGGCGAAGGCACUGGCGGAACCACAGGCUCCUACAAAAAGUAUCAGGAGCAAGCACGAACAGUUGUGGACAAAACGAAAAACUCUGUCGUUGCGGCCUACAUGGAUGGGCGAGAUGAACUCUCGGAUUUCGUCUGGGACGGUAGCGCAGACGCUGAGAUGGAUGCAUUUGUUAGCGAAGAACUUUACAUCCACUCAAAGCUUCUCAUAGCCGACGAUCGUCUCGUCAUUUGCGGAUCUGCCAAUCUCAACGACCGUUCACAGCUCGGCACUCACGAUUCAGAAAUCGCCGUCGUCAUUGAGAAUGGCCCGCAGGUCUCCAGCACCCUGGAUGGUAAGCCCUACCGAGCCUCCAAGUUUGCUUCGUCUCUUCGUCGCGAAAUUUUCCGCAAACACCUUGGCCUGCUCCCGCACCAGGAUCCCGAGAAACCCAACGUAAACUGGCAUCCCAUCACGGACGCCCUCAACGAAUACGAUUGGGGUUCCCCCGCCGACGUCCUUGUUCGCGAUCCUUUGCACCCUAACUUUUUGAACCUCUGGCGUGGGACGGCAAAGUCGAACACGGAAAUUUUCCGAAAAGUAUUCCAUCCCGUUCCCGACGACACGGUGCGGUCCUGGAAAGACUACGACGACUUCUUCACCAAACACUUCAAGACGGCUGCAGAGAUGAAAAAGGAAGAGCACCACGCUAGUAAGAAAGACGCUGCCAAGACAGAGCCGGCAGACGCAACUGCUGGCAAGGCCGACACGAAAGAUGCAAACAAGGGUGCGAGCGCAGGCAAUGAUGCAGAUUUCAAGAACGAGGAAAAGGAAGAGCUGGAGCAGGCUGAGGAGAAUGCUGGGAUCCAGGAAGAGGCCCAAGUCGAACAGGAUGUUGCCAAAAUCGAAAAUAGAAAAGAGAAACCGGAGAAAGAUAGCAAGGAAGAGGAGAAGCAGGCGCAAAAGGUCGAGUAUGGUCACGUUGUCCACAGCGAGUUCCCCGGUGGCAUAAAGGAGCUGCGGGAAUGGCUGGGCCGCGUGCGAGGCACUCUUGUCGAGAUGCCUCUAGACUUUUUGGUUGAUGUCGACGACAUUGCCAAGACGGGUCUAACGCUCAACAGCCUGACGGAGGAGAUUUAUACCUAG